AACGCCGUAUCUGUCUCGCUCUUUGAUGAAUCACCUUGAAACACCUGUGAGUCGUCCGUACCUUGACUAAGCGAUUCAAAGGGGGGCCACUGAACACCUGUUCGUGGAUUUCCCAUACUGUACUUGUGCUCCGUCAUAUGAACCCCACCAGUUGGUAAACACGUCAUAGUCGGAAGAGGCAAUGCCGCAGGUGCCAGUGACAUUGACAUCUACAUAAUGCUCUCUACCUCUACUCAUCCCUCAUACUAAUCCCAUAACACUCGACCUUAAUCACGCAACAAAUAGAGAAACCCAUCCAACCUCAAUCCAGACAUCAUGCCUCAACAUCCAGCUGAAGAGGAAGCCCCCUCCCACAUCUUUGACCAAGUCGCCAAAGAGUCCUCCGACUCGACUGCUUCCGACCACCCCCUGCACAAGGAGAAUGAGCAGCCCAUCAAGCAAGCAGCAUCUGCACAAGACCACCAUUCAAAAGGCCCUCAGAUCUCUGACAACAUGCCAGAAGCCGCAUCCAAGGACGAAUUGAAAGCCAAGGCAGCAGAAAUGAACAAAUGAACAAGAGAGUGAUCGAGAGACUCGCACGAGAAGAGGAGCUACACCCAUGAACAUCGUACGAUUGCAUUGAAUUCAGUACCGGGGCAAAGACAAAAUCGCCAGAGGGAAUGCAUGUAUAUC